CUUCGGAUCCACAGACGGAAUCAAGACUGCACCUCGGAUUCAGAUCCGUGGAUCUCAGCCUCAGGCCCAGCUCUGGCUCCAGCUUUGCCCCCUGUUCCUGCCUCUUUCCUUGUCAACCCUGGCGUCUUGUCCCCUGAGCCAGCAUAUUGUCCUUGGAGGUCUCCAAAGAAGGAAUCUCCCAAGAACUCCCAACAUUGGAAGGAGCCUAAGGUCAGGGGAAACUUGACAUAUCACCUGUACAUGCCUCCAGAACAGAGACAAGGGCCCAGGACAGAUCUCCAAGUGCAGAGGUCAACCCUGGGUCCCCCGGAACCACCUCUGUGGGAAAAGAAAAACUCACAGAGACCACACCCUCGGACGAAGCCUUCCUCACCAAGAAUCUCCAGUCCCUCGCCCCCUUCACACAAACUGGAACUUCAGACCCUUAAACUGGAAGAGCUGACGGUCUCAGAACUUAGGCAGCAGCUGCGCUUGCGGGGACUCCCGGUGUCCGGGACCAAAGCGAUGCUCCUGGAGCGCAUGCGUGGUGGCACUCCUCCCAGAGAACGGCAGAAGCCUCGGCGCGAGGACAAAGAGACCGCUGCUCCCUGGCCGCGCCUCAGACCCAAGGCGCUGGGAACUACCCGGCUGCCCGCCACGGUGAAGGCAAGCGCGACAAAUCGUAGGCUGAAGUUUUCUGGAGCUGCGGAUCCCCUGGGGGCAGAUCCUGCUUCUGCUCCCGCUCCCGCUCCAGCUUUGGCUCCAGCUCGGACUCCAGCUCCGACUCCAGCUCCAGUUCCAACUCCAGCUCCCUUUCCAACACCUUCUCCAGCUAGCCUGACUCUGGAGGAGGAGCUGCAGGAAGCGAUCCGAAGGGCGCAGCUGCUUCCAAACCGCGACAUCGAUGACAUCCUGGAAGACCAAGUGGAGCCAGAUGACCUGCUGCCUCCCAUCCCCUUGGACUUCCCUGGCUCAUUUGACCUGCUGUCUCCCUCCCCGGACUCGGAAGGCUUCUCUUCCGUCUUCUCUUCUUCACUACCGUCCCCCACAAGCUCCCUGUCCCCUUCUCCAAGGGCCCUCACCGAUUCCCUGGACUGGCUGGAGGCCUUGAGUGGGGGUCCACCACUGGGCUCUGGGCCUCCAGGCCCCAGCAUCUUCUCUGCGGACCUAUCUGACCCUAGUGGCAGACGGCUCUGGGAACUGCUGCCAGAUCCAUGGUGACAGACCCUUGGGUUUCUAAGGAGAGGUCAUCUGCACCCACAAAGACCCUCCAAUUACAGAGGACUCAGAGAUGCCCUCAUCCCCUCCUGGCUCACUGCUGCUGACAUGUUACAUGCCUGGACCUGCCUACACAGCCUCUGUAUGACCCCCCCUCCCAGGCCCUGUAGUUGGGGUUGGGGGUUCAUAUGCUACAGGCCAACAAGCUUCAGAGACCUGCAGGUUGUGUGUGCCCCUUCCUCCAGAAACUAGAUGGCUGCCUGUCAUCUGGGGAUCUGGAUCUUUGUGCUAUAUGAGUUCAGGAAAGGACCAGGUGAGAGCACAAGGAAGGCACUAGGUGAGAGGACCAGAAGCUACUAGUGGGAGGUGACUAUAAACUCCCUGUGACCUUGAACUUAUGACCCCACCUCUACCCCCGUGCUGUGAUUAUACCUAGCUUUCUUGGGUGUUUUUUGUUUUAUUUUGUUUUUGAGAGCAAGUCUUGCUCUGUAGUGCCAAGCUGGCCUCAAACUUGUGAUAAUC